CUCUUUCUCCAUAAGUAGCUGAAGCGCAGAAGUCCCCAUCAUGGAUUUUCAGCAUCGUCCUGGAGGUAAAACUGGAAGCGGAGGCGUAGCCUCUGCCUCCGAAAGUAACCGAGACCGCAGGGAGAGGCUCCGGCAGCUGGCUUUGGAAACCAUCGACAUCAACAAGGACCCUUAUUUUAUGAAAAAUCACUUGGGCUCCUACGAAUGCAAGCUUUGCCUAACGCUGCACAACAAUGAGGGAAGUUACUUAGCACACACCCAGGGGAAGAAGCAUCAGACCAAUUUGGCCCGUCGAGCUGCCAAGGAAGCUAAGGAAGCCCCUGCCCAGCCCGCACCAGAAAAAGUCAAAGUGGAAGUGAAGAAAUUUGUGAAAAUUGGACGGCCGGGCUAUAAAGUGACCAAACAGAGAGAUCCAGAAACAGGCCAGCAGAGCCUUCUCUUCCAAAUUGAUUAUCCGGAGAUUGCAGAAAGCAUCAUGCCUCGUCAUCGGUUCAUGUCAGCCUACGAGCAAAGGAUUGAGCCCCCUGAUAGACGCUGGCAAUACCUUCUGAUGGCAGCGGAGCCCUAUGAAACCAUAGCUUUCAAGGUGCCAAGCAGAGAAAUCGACAAAGCAGAAGGGAAGUUUUGGACCCACUGGAACAGGGAAACCAAGCAGUUCUUCCUUCAAUUCCACUUCAAGAUGGAGAAGCCCCCAGCUCCCCCAAACCUCCCUCCAGGGCCCCCAACUGUGAAGCGGCCUCCUCCACCUCCAUCGCAGCCGAUUCGGAGAAAUAGUUCUGUUUUGUACGCCCGUGAAUUUGACAAAAUCCUGUACGAGUCCUUUGUCGUCGUUCCUGUAGAAGAGAGGUCCGCCGUCACCAGCCCUUUGGUGUGGUGCCCUUCGUCCCUCUCCGGUUCGGGUGCGCAGCUGUAG